CGGACCCAGACGACGUCACCAGACCGACGCCGUGACGCGAUCAACAAGCGACGACGGCUUGAAUUGUUGUUUGUUCAAAUCGUGGUCAGACAAAACUCAGUUUGUGAUUUUAUAGAGAAGGUAUUGUACGAAUUCAUUAUUUUCUACUUCCCAUCAUGCUUUCGUUUUGUACUACAUAUUACAUCUAAAAUUGAGCCGUGCAUUCGUCUUCAGACGUCGCCAACUUCCUACAGAAAAUGGAGGAAAUGUGUGUAGUCGGUGCUUUGUGUUUACGCUUGUAUUUUGGCUGCAGUUAGCUAAUUUAGCUAUCUUUAAGGAGAUUACUUAUUCCAAACUUUGUAUUAUGCGAUUAUGAAUCGGAUUCCUGCAUGCUGCGUUAUAUUCUUGAAUCGGUUCGAUCUAGCAGCCCUGGUUGCCAGUGUCACACCAUCUGAGGGGCCAUGGUGGUGUUCCUGUUCCAUUAAGAGUCUACCCGUCACGAGGAACAUCUUAUGCGUGACGUGUCCGACUGGGAAAGGCUUGAGAAUCCCUUUUCCUUCUACACAACUAAAGUACUCCAGAGGAGGACGUGGAUAGACCAAAAUACCACACACACACACACACCUAUUAUUCCGAGGAUCAAAAGGAAGGAGAAAUAAGUUGUUUGGAGUCUCUGGGAUGGGGUUGGAGAGCCAACGGAGGACGUCAUGGUUCACAGCGGCUCUGCGUCCCCAAUGAAAGCAUCACCGUCACCUCAUUUAACUGCUCCUGCUCCGGCCCCUCCACCUCAGGCUGCUCCUCCUCUUGUGCCUCCUCGUGGAAAUACUACAGAUCAGGACGUGACCCCUGCCAAACUCCUCGCCACAGACCACACCUCCAACUCGGUCCUAACCCCCGUCGUCCCCGAUGUCCCCUCGACAAAAUCCCUUGGUGCUCCCUUAAGCCGAGCUUCCUCCUGGUCCUCCACUCACUCGCCUUCCGCUACUCUGAGCCAAGUCAAUGGCCGUACGUCAGGGAGGAAGAGGACCCCGAAGGCCUGUGACUGCUGUGGCCCCGGCAGUACAGGACACAGUGUCCCGACCUUGGGCAGGUGGAGGGGCAGAGGGAGAGGGAGAGGAAGGGGGGCUGGAAGGGACCUCAAAGACACCCCGAAAAGGAAAGUGGAGGGCCAGCUGACACACAUCAAGUGUUUCGAUCUGACGACGAAGAAUGUGGUGGAAGCAAAGGACGAUGGCGAUGGCGGCCGCGAGAAGUUGCACACGACUCUAGUAAUGGCUGAUACACCGUCCCAAGCGGAUAUUGCUCCACCUGUCACCGUCUCCCUGCCGGAUGUGCCGCUAAGGAACCAUGUUACUCCAGAGAAAAGGGACACGCAGAAAACGGAGGACCCGUUGAUUGCAGGGUCAGGGAGUAAAGGAGGCGGUCAUAGUGGGGAUGUGGAGAUGAUGGUGUCUACAAUAGCAGGCCGGGGAGCAAAAGUGGGGACAGGGAGGGGAAUGAUGGGACCGUUGCCUGCAUCAGAUAUGGACGUAGCAGGUGGAACACAGCAGGGAGGUUUGGGUGUUGUUGUCUACGGUUCUAAAAUGGAUGGUGUGUCUCCACUAGUGUUUGUGCAGAGGCAGGGACAAAACAAAGCUUCAGAUAUGGACCAUGGUGGGCAGGAUGAUCCUAGCUCAAUUCAAUCUUCAUUUGGAAAUGGAGACACGGUAAACCUGAGUGACACCGAACCCGAGGAGGACACAAAGGAGGGUGACGUAAUGAGAGAGAUGGAAAAUGGCCUUCUGGACUCUGACAUGCAGGUGGACGAAAGUCGCGACCAAACAAACUUCCCACUGACUCUGUCCAACGGAAACGUCACCAGUCCAACAAACGCUGCCCACUGCUCCACUCUCAUGGAGGUCGAAGCGUCCCAUCCGGCCGUGGUUGCGCCUCCAUUGCAGGGCCCCGUUACAGUUCUCAGUGUGCAGUACAGCUGGGCAUUAAGAGACCACGGGCUGUACUGUCAACCUGGAACCUGGGUGGGGGCGGCCAUGGAGGCAGCAUCCGAGAAGACAAACGGACAAGAGCUGGGUGGAGAAAAGCAGAACUCUGAGCGGCUGGAGCAGCUCACAGAUAUGAUCCACGAGUUUCUGGAGAGCUUCUACCUGAAGUACGGCAGUUUUAAUCCUCUCACAGAAAGUGAUGUCCUGGAAUACCUGAAGAAGAAAGGCAACUCCGACCUCAGCAGCAAGGAGCUGGACAUCAAAAGGAAGAUGACCCGUUACAGGGCGGGGCUUGCCUCUGCUCCCAUCGCGGGCUUCAUGGUGUCUUAUAACAAACACACCCUGGGCCUGGAGGACCUUGGCACGCUGGAGGAACAGAACUGGCUUAAUGAUCAGAUUAUCAACAUGUAUGGGGAACUCCUCAUGGAGGCGACACAACACAAGGUCCAUUUCUUCAACAGCUUUUUCCACAAGCAGCUGGUUGCCAAAGGUUAUGAUGGCGUGAAGAGAUGGACUAAAAAAGUGGAUCUGUUUUCCAAGUGGCUGCUACUAUUUCCCAUCCAUUUAGAAAUCCACUGGUCUCUCAUCACAGUCACCAUGGCAACCAAAACCAUCAGUUACUACGACAGCCAAGGCAUCGUCUUCAGACACACCACAGAUAAUAUCAUGAAGUAUCUUCAGUCUGAAGCCAGGGAGAAGCAGCAGGCCGCGUUCCAGAAAGGCUGGAAGAUCACCAUCAUCAAGGGUAUUCCUCAGCAGAAAAAUGACAGCGACUGUGGAGUUUUUGUUCUUGAGUACUGCCGUUGUCUCUCCGUGAAGCAGCCUCUUCUCUUCAGUCAGGAGGACAUGCCGCUUAUCCGAAAGAGGAUCCACAAGGAGCUGUGUGACUGCCACCUCAGCGAUUGAGCGACUGAAUAAUGGUCACGUAGACUCAACGCAGCUCGCCUUGUCAUACGGGACAGUCUGUCCAAUGGCCUUACUGACCCUUUGUGCUCCAGGGGACUCGAGCCGCCACUCUGCCUGUUUGACAGCACGGCAGCUGCUCCUCCUUCGGACUUUUGCAGUUCAAUGGCGGUGUUUGGCUGAGCAGAUUUUUCUUCCUUGCAAGGAACUACUGACGUGGCCCUCUCCCGACCCGCGGAAAUGCUGGACCCUUACCCCUCAGGCUGUUUGCGUGUUUCACAUUUCCCAGUGGAUUUCAACCCAGUGGACAGAAGGGAGCUCUGACUUGGACUGAGAACAAAACACAUUGGACCAACCCGAUGAGACGGACCUCUCAUCCCAAAAUGGAGUGGCCUUUUUCCAAGAGGAACAUUUUUAACUGUUCAGUUGUGAUGGACUCCACAGCAGUUUCACACCCUCAUUAAAAUGGGUGUUUUCUAACAUGUUUAAGGUCAUGAUGUGUUGAUUCAGUGGGCGAACUGGUCACUUAAAACUUGAAGGUUUGUGUUUGGUUUGUUCUUGGACUAAAGAUAUUUGCACGGUUGGAAGCCUAUUCAUUGAAGAGUCUAGAAUAUCCACUGAAUGUACUGAUCACAUAUACUUCCUGACUGCCUCGCAGGGUUCAGACUCUCCACCGUACCGGCUAAUGGCACACUAGCAAACAGGGAUAUUAAGUGUUUUAGUGUUUUGUUUUUUUCGAAAAUGUUUUAUUAAAAUUCCAGUUUUUCCACCACAUUAUUUAUCUGACUUUUGUUGCAACCACAUUCUUAAGAUACAAGCAUUUUUUUCAGCUGAAAUCCAUUCUAUGAUCAUGACCAACAAAAUGCUUCUUUGUAGCGUGUAGCUGCCGAUGUGAGGACCACCGUUUGAUGAUCAGUUGUAGUUCCACUGGCUGGUAACGGAACAAACAAGUGGACCUCAGCUAUUUUGAUUUAUCUUCUGUCUGACCUAGAUUUUAUUGUAUUCUAUUAUGUAUUUACAGAUUGUAUUGUACUUUUACCGGCCUACUACUGUACACGCUUGCUUUGGCUACAAACCAGUUGUUUCUUGUCUAUUUUUAUUGUUGUUAUUAAAAAAAAGCCAAUGCUGCUGGAAAUGA